AUGGAGGCUCUGCUAAUAUGGACUCUACUGCUGGGCUCACUGCUACAUCCGGGCACAGCGCUGGUCAGAAUUCCUCUGAAGAAAAUGCCCACAAUUCGGCACACCAUGGCUAAUGCUACAAAAGAUCUGAAGGACGUCAUUGGAUUAAACCAGAAAUAUUAUCCUGGAUUCCCUAUGAGCAAUGAGCCCACCCCAGAGACUUUGAUGAACUAUCUGGACGCCCAGUAUUUUGGUGAAGUUGGUAUCGGCACUCCUCCACAGACCUUCCUGGUGGUAUUUGACACUGGCUCCUCUAAUCUCUGGGUGCCCUCCGUCCACUGCUCCUUUUUUGAUAUUGCUUGUUGGUUACACCAUAAGUACGACUCUUCCAAAUCCUCCACCUAUGUGAAGAAUGGUACAGACUUUUCCAUCCAGUACGGCAGCGGGAGUUUGUCGGGUUAUCUCAGUGAAGACACUGUGACGAUUGGAAACCUGGCUGUGAAGGGCCAGCUUUUUGCAGAGGCUAUAAAACAACCCGGCAUCACUUUUGUAGCAGCAAAGUUUGAUGGUAUUUUGGGAAUGGCAUACCCACGAAUAUCUGUAGAUGGGGCUCCAACUGUCUUUGAUGACAUCAUGAAUCAAAAGCUUGUAGAUAAAAAUGUGUUUUCUUUCUAUCUGAACAGAAACCCCGAUGCGCAGCCAGGGGGAGAACUGCUACUUGGAGGUACUGACCCUAAAUUUUACACUGGAGACUUCAAUUACAUGAAUGUGACCCGUAAGGCAUACUGGCAGAUUCGUAUGAACCAUGUAGAGGUCGGAGGUCAGCUGACUCUGUGUAAAGGCGGUUGUGAGGCUAUUGUGGAUACUGGGACCUCCCUGAUCAUUGGCCCAACAGAAGAAAUCGAUGCACUGCAGAAGGCUAUUGGAGCUCUGCCCCUUAUUCAUGGAGAGUAUAUGGUGAUCUGUGAUCAAAUUCCCUCACUACCUGUUAUUACAUUCAAUUUUGGAGGAAAGGACUACAGCCUGACCGGAGAACAAUAUGUUCUGAAGGUGACUCAGUUUGGCCGUACUAUGUGCAUCAGUGGAUUCAUGGGCCUUGACAUUCCUCCUCCCGCUGGCCCACUCUGGAUCAUUGGGGAUGUUUUCAUUGGCCAGUAUUACACUGUAUUUGACAGAGAAAAUGACCGUGUUGGAUUUGCUAAAUCUAAAUAA